GGCGUCCGGACUUAGUCUCUGUCCGGUCAAGCGUCAUCGCGUUCACAGAAGUUGCUGUCCCUUGAGAAGAUUAACGUGUGCACACGUUCGGUGGUCAACAGAGAGUAGAACGAUCCACAGGGGAAAAAAGGGACAGAAGCAUGCCGGCCCGCAACAAGGAACAGGAGGCUGAGGUGUUGGCCUGGAUCGAGGCGGUCAUCGGCGAGAAACUACCGCCCGGAAACUACGAGGACAUACUCAAGGAUGGAGUGAUUCUCUGCCAACUGGCCAACAAACUCGCCCCCGGAUCGGUGAAGAAGAUCCAGACCAAGGGAACAAACUUCCAGUUGAUGGAAAAUGUUCAGAGAUUCCAAGCCGCCAUUAAGAACUACGGUGUUCCACAAGAAGAGAUCUUCCAGACGGCCGAUCUCUUCGAGAGACGCAACAUACCACAAGUCACCUUGUGCCUGUAUGCUCUUGGUAGGAUUACGCAAAAACACCCUGAAUACAAUGGACCGAGGCUAGGACCGAAGAUGGCCGACGAAAACAAACGGGAGUUCACGGAGGAGCAGCUCCGGGCCAGCGAGGGCCACCUCAACCUGCAAAUGGGCUUCAACAAAGGCGCCAGCCAAUCUGGUCACGGUGGAUUCGGUAACACUCGACACAUGUAAACAUCCUCCAGCCGUAUUCUAACAAUGACCCGUUGCUUGGGACCGACAUAGGUGUUAUUUUACUACUUCGCUACCUAUGUAAUCUGCGAACGUAAAAUGGAACUCGAAUUCUUCCGGACGACUGCGAGUCCGUGUAUAGAAUUUAAAUUGUGAAACUUCAAAUAUUUCUAUCGGUUGAGUAGAUCUCUAGCAUCACGAUACGUUGGCGUAAAUUUUUGUUAUACUAUCGUGUCCUUCUGUAAUAUGUAAACGCGAGAUCCUGGUAGGAAGCAAUGUUAAUUGACCAACAUUAGUUUACUCUAUUACAAACACACGAUACACAUUACAAUCAGUACAGUAAGUCAUCGAUUGGUGUUCAAAGGCUCCUCUGCAUUGACAAGGAAAGGUCCUCAGGUGUAACGCUGACUUUUUAAUAACGUUUAGCACAGCGAUAGAGCUUGGAAUUCUGAAGCGAAUGGUAUUUCUUUCAGCCGUAUAUGUCUAUUAGUUUAAGAGAUAUUUAAUGUUCAGUGUAGAGGAGCCUUCGAACACUCAUCGAUGAUUUUUUGUACUCUAUACACAGAAUACACUUUGGGUACCACACACAACACGCUACACUACAUAUACACACAAAUACACGUACAAGAGACAACACUACAAAACAUUCGUUGGUUAACAUAAUAUCAAGAUCAUUCGUAAUUUUGAAUACACACAUGGAAACUUGUGUGAAUAAGAAUUAUCGAAGACAACAGACACCAAUGCACCAAUAAUACAUCAGAUGUUGUGUGAGACUUCAGGAUCUCGUGUUUACUACAAGAUUCUGUCAAUUCGAAUUGAUCAUACACUUUUGUAAGAUUUAUAAUUAUUCUCUCGUAAUAUUCUAAUUAUAUGUAAACAACAAGUGUACCGAAUAAAGAGGCGGCGCUGCUAUUUUCUAUUAA